AUGGCUGAGCUGGAAGUGUGGGCGCAAAUUGUGAACGCUGCGUCUCCCCAGGUGGAGAGUAUUUCGCAACAAAAGCCACCGCAUAUUGUGAUCUGGAAGUGCCUCGCAAGGAAAUGGAACGGCAUUCAAGUUGAAAGUCAGGGCGCGUACUCCAUCGAGCACCUGGAAAGCCUCAACUUGUACUGCAAAACUACCUCACGGCGUCGAGCAGUGUUGGUUUGCCUACUCACCCCAGUUCCAGCCUUGUUGACAGCUCUGUUAAUGGAAUGCUUGCCGUUGCGGCCGCCUUCGGACGGGUGGAGGGCCAAUUAUGUCUUUUGGCUGCGUUUGCUCUCGGUUCAACUGACUCUGGGCUUCAUCGUGAACUCUCAAUUGAGCCGAUUUAUCCCCGGCCUCAACGUUACGAUCCGUAAAAGAAUGGCGAUAGCUGCGGGGGCCAGCACCUCAUUCGUGGGGACGUGCCUUAUCGCUGCCAGCGCGGUUGGGUUCCCAGUGCCGCUCAUGAUGCAAUUUGCGCCGAUUCCCAUUGGGAUAUUUACGUCGCUGAUGAUUUUUCUAGUCUUGGGUUCCGUCCUCUAUGCCAAGGAUUCGCCAUUAAGGCCACAUGCCGACCGAUACAACCGAUUCUUCCUGUCAUUCUUGACUCUUUGCGGCACGUUCCCAGUCUACAAGCUGCUGUUUGAACACAUUCCCGUCGGUUUUCGAGGUGUUGCAGUUGUCAUUUUGCCGAUAUGGAAGUUCGCAGCCAAGCGCUUCACUGUGAGCAGUACACGCAACCUGGAAGACGUCAUGCCGCUGCUAGUGGCCUUGUCUGUGGAUUUCAUGAGUACGUUGUUCAUAUCGGCGUGCAUGUCGGCGACAAGAUCCGUGUCCUUAACGCUGCUCUUUAUCGCGGUGAACAUCCUCCAGUCGCUAGUCGAAUUCCGAGCCAUGAGAGCUAAUGGGAAAACAUACUGGACGAGCGACGAAACUCUCAAACACUUAUCCGAAAGAAACCCGGCACGUCGGACGCUACCAAUUUAUUGA